AUGUUUCGCGCUUUUGUCUGCAUCGUACUUUUCGCAGGUAAGACGCACUUUGGAAGUUUUUCUGGAAGGUUAUAUUUUAGGAUUGAUCAUUGGAUCUGAAGGACUUCGAUUCAGAAGACAGACUUUCUACUACGACGAAGAGCUGAGGUCUUAUGCGCAUCCGCAUCCUGGAACCAAAGUCCAUCAAGGUUAUCUUCAGAGAUACGCCCCUCAGGAUUGGCCUCGUUGGUUUGUUCUUACUUCACUUUUUUUGAAAAUCAUUCUCUUUUAACGUUUUGUUGCUUUGGUCGGUUACUGAUUGGAUUAAUUUUGUUAACUGCGAAUUUCAACAGUCGACCGGAUUUUCUCGUUUUUCUUGUUUUCUCGCGAUGAGAUUAAAUUUCGCGGACGUCUAGUUAGCACCUUGGUCAAUAACUUUUUAUCGAAAGAGAUAGGCGUUAAUGAAACAAAAAUUAAAGUUUACCUAUUGGAGGCAACAGAAACAAUGCCGAUAAACGUGCUUUGAGAGGUUUUUCCCGAAUUUCAGCUUUUUAUUAAAAAUAUACAAAUUGUUAUUUUGCAAAUAUUGGAAAAAAAAACUUUAAAUUUUCUUCCGGAAAAUUUGAAAAAAAGUUCAGAACUCACUUUUGAUUUUCAUGACCGCUUUUAAAAUAUAAUACUAUGAUUCAAAAGUCUCUCGAUGUCUUGGAAAGCGUUUUAGGCCUUCAUGAUGCUUUGUAGAGACGUGUUUUUGCCAAAUUUAGUUUUGUCCUGAGCUUUUUUAAGCUCCCAAAUUUCAUAAAAAAAUUUUGAUCGCACUUGAUUCACAGCAACAUCCAUCCCCGUUUCUACACUUUUUUGCAAAUUCGCCUUGCGGAAGUCGUUUCCGGUCGGGAAAACGCGAAAUCUGAAUUAAGCGCGGAAAUUCAAUAUUUAGAUGAAUGGAGGUCAUUCUGUUCGAUUAAUUGAAAAGAAUUUAGAAGUUUAGUCAAAUUUUUUUUUAAACUGUCGUUCACAAAUUUUUUUAUUUUUCGCCUCUGGAGUAUCAGACUCGCCGACAUGUGCAAGAAUGAAGAUAUCUGACUUUCAAAAAAGAAAGUUUUGCAGGUUCAAAUUGUCAUAUGCUUUAUGCGUACUUAUUAGGACUAAAUUAUAGAAAAAAAGAAAAAAAAAUUCUCAGUGAGCAAUUUGAAAAGCAUUAAAAAUCUGAUAAGAAACGUUUCAGGUACUCAAGAAAUAUGAUGAAGUGGACCGGAUUGUCGCGAAUGUCGCCGUACGAGAAGACGGAUGCUCGGUACCCGCAAUGGCGGAAUGAAUUCGUGCGACGAAGCGUCUUUUUAAUUUUCAUCCAUUCAAUAAAUUUCAAAAAACCUCAUAAAAUUACGCCGACUGCAAGACUGUACAUAUUUUUCGACGGUGAAUAAAAAAUUAUUCUUAUAUCUUCAAUUUUCACAUUGGAUUUCCUUUAUGAAUCCGAAACGGAGCGCUGCUCGCUCAACCAGCCCUAUUAUCGGCAUCGAGUCGAGCAAUUUGAGGCCGCUGUGACACCGGUCCACGUAUGUUUCAGCACGCCAAUUCUCUUUGACAUUCGCUUGUUAUAAUUCUAGUUGUGUUUACGUUGGAGUCGGCUCCAUGGCCCUCCGAUACGACGCCUUCUAUCGACGUCCUGUCUUAGAUGGUCGGUUUAUUGUCUAAUAUUUUCAAGUAUUCAUCUCUGGUAAAUGAAACAUUGAGGCGCUGACGGAACUUAACGACGAGAGAAAAAAAUACUUGCCGAAAUUAGUAUUUUAUUGAAGGAGCUUCAUAUGUUUAAAAAUGUUGAGAGUCUGUUCGAAUAAUGGUUGUAUGUGUUUGAAACUAUUUUCCAAAGCCUAACCAAUACAACACCUUUUUGUUGGAAAAAUAUCAAUGAAAAAUUGAGAGUGUCUCAUUCUUUCAGUGGAAAAAAAUAUUUCGAGUUAUCAGAAAAAGCUUGUAUAGAUCUGCUGGCAAGUUCAUCUACUUUGAGCUUUGAAAUUAUCUCAGGCAUGCAGCCUUUUUGAUUAUCCUUGAUACCUGGUCGAACUUACGGUUAAAAAAUUUUCCCUUAUAAGCUGAAAAAUCUCAGAAUUAGAUUCAACUUUUCUUCUUCAUACAUGCUAAUUUCAGUUCAUGAAUGGGAUGUGACUCAUUACUUUUUUUCUUCAUUAUGCGUCUUUGAAAAAAAAAACCAAAAACCUCCAAAGAAUAAACUCUCUUUUCGAACAAUGUAAAUGUCAAAUUUCUGCUGGAUUUUACUAAUAGAAAAAAAGAUCGACCUUCUGAAGAAUGAUUAUAGAACAAUAUUUAUUAAUUUUUUUGUCUUUCAAAGCUUGCGCUCAAGGAUUUUUUUAUGUUUGGAACCUCCGGAAGAAAAGUUUGAGCAGAUAGCGACUUCGAUGGACUUUCAAAGAGCCUUUAAAAUUAUUUCAGCGAAUUCUACUUUGAAAUAUUAUUCUUUAUGAGGUUACCAUAAAAUACUCCAAAAUCAAUUGAAUAUUUUCCCAUUUUGCUCUGGUAUUCACGCUACCAUUUUCUAACUUUUUCUCGGCGGUGUAAAAUUGAAAUAUUAUGAGCUCACUUUUUUCAACUUGUUUGAGUGCUGAAAGGACAUAUGAAGUGUUUUUGUUUUUUUUUUUCUGAAGAUAACUCCGAACUAUUUUGAAGAAACUUCUCAACAAGCAAUAUAUGUAAACUCUUCCUUUUCAAAAAAAAAAAAAAUAACAUGUUAGCGCUGAACCCGAAGUGUUCAAACUCUGGCGUCACAUUGAAUUCAAAACGACCAUAGGUAUGGGAGGCCGCGACGCAAUCAAUGGCUCAAGGUCGUUCACGUCGAAAGCGCCUCGAUCCCUCCAGCCGAUAUUCUAAUUUUUUGAGUCUGCAUAUUGGGCAUUUGUUUGAAUUGGUUGUGUAAUUUCUGCUUUGAAAUGUUUCAGAAGCUUUUUUCCAUGCUUUUUUUUCCAAAAGCCUGCUAUUCUCUAGGCUCACUGUGGUUUUGUGAGACGGAAGACUUUAGUUGUCGAAUUUAAUUCGAAGCUCGAAAAAUCAAAAAAAGAGGACGCGUUUGUUUUUGUCUUUCAUUUUUUAUCGAAUAAAAGAAAUUUCGCUUCCUGGAGUUUAUUUAUCUCGUCUCGCAGUAAUUUUCAAUCCAAGUCAGUGAUUUACGUAGUUAAAAUGGCCUCAAAACGUUUAUAAGAGUUUCAAAACACUCAAAACGUUUGGGUUUAACAAUAACGCGAACGUUCGGGUGGACUACUCUCAAGGAGGCCUCCCUCCGAUUAUCCUGUUUUGAGGUGAACCUCAGUGACCAUGGCGACCGCUGCCUUUUUCGCAUUUAUAGGACGUUUGCGUCUAAAUUAGUAACAAUAACUCUAUUCCCUUAUUUAUUUUUUUAUUAUUUUGUUUGAAGCGCUGUCGAAUAGUUUUUUUCACAAAAGACACCUGGAUGUAAGAAACUGCAAAAGAAAAGAAUUCAAAAGAAAUUGGAAAAUAUUUGUUUUCUACGUGAUUUUUCAGUUUUUCAGUGUUGCUUCUAAUAAUCGACAGCAGAAAAAUUUAUCUUCUUCAUAUAUUUUUUUCCUUUUUUUCGAGAGAGAAAAACCUCUAAAUUUUCGAAAAAAUCUAAAUCCAGCUGCGAGAAAUUGGAUUCUGCACAAUCGUUUUCCUUCACAAGCACUGGUCAUUCGGAAGCAGACGUUGAAGAGGAACAAAACAGGCGCUGCGCAGCGCCAUAUGUACUCAACUCAUGACCAUUCACAACCAGUACCCACUUCACUGCUUUCACUGUCUUUCCUCCUUCUUUUCCUUAUUUAUGUCGGUUUUUUUUCUUCAGUAUCAUUUUCGCUGCACGUUGAGCUUGAAGCUCGUUUCAUUUAAGGAAAUGAGCAUGAACUUCAUAGUAUUUUUCGAUAUCUCCGUUUGAACCUUCUUCAAAUGAGUUCUGCCGAAAGGCCGGUUGCAAAUCCGCACCUUCGUCCAGGUCUUUGUCCUAUUUCGUCCUCGCUGACCUCCUUUUCGCGCUUCAAGGAACUUUUUUUACGCACGUUAAGAAGCAUUCAACAAUGUAUUUUUGAAUAAAGUUGAGUGCAAAAUCUGCAAAAUUAUAUGAAAAAAGAUGAAGUUCAAGCAAGUUUUUUGAUAUGUUAAAUUUCAAACCUGAGAUCAAAAAAGUUGCGAUUUCAUAAAGAAACAUUCUAUAUAUAAAUUUUUAGUUCUCCUUCUACGAAUGCCAGUUUUUCGCCCGAAUCGUACUCGAUUAUUGUUCUCCGAUCAUCCAAAAAACGCGAAAACAAGUUUUAGAAAGAGUAGGGAGAAAAAGCUGGAAAUAAAUUCUUUGGUAUUUUUUUACAUGAUAAUCAUGAAACACAGCAAGAUCAUCACACAAAAAAAGGAUUAUUAGGAUGUUCUGAAGUUAAAUUCAACCCCCCAAAAAAAGCUGUGUUCCUAAAAAAGUUUUUAGGCUGCCUUCAAAACCCUAAUAAUCCGUUUUUCUUGAGUAUUUCUGAUGAGACUUUUUUUGGGAAGAUGCAGUUCUUCAUGUUCUACUGGAUAAGGUCAAAUUCGAGUAGUUUUCCGUUCGGAAAAAAAUAGAGAUCUUCCAUGAUGUCAUUUUUAAGGAAAAACAAGUAUUUGACUUCCCCGUUUCUACUAUAAUCUUUGUUUUACCGAGCUUACUCGUUUUGGUAAAAAUUUAAAAAAAUAUUUGCAAAUUUUUUUCUCAUGAUUCAACAUCCAGUUUUUGCAUGAAGCUGGAAAUUUAAAACUUCAUCAUCAUUUUUUUGUAAUGUCCUAGUUUCUCAAAUCAAACUUUUUCCAGACGGAAUGUCGGAGCAGAAGUCGACCGGGAUGCAAACGGUCGUCAUCAUAUCUUCUUUGAUUCUGGUGAUUUUGGCGUUUGGGUUGCAAGCCGCCGGAGUCAUGUCGCCGAGUUGGCAAGUCGUCGACAUUCGCGAGUUUCGAGCCACUCAUCAUGUUGGUUUUUUUUUGGCUUUUUUGAUAUUUACCGUCGUUGAUUAUUGCAAAAACAGUAAAUAUAUACAACCAGGACGCAAAUUUUCGAUCAGAAAUUCUAUGGAGUUUCUUCAAAAUUUUAACGACUCCCGUAGUUUUUUCUUGCAUAAAAAGUUGGAAAAAACUAACAGCGAGAAAAAAAACUUUUUUUCAUCAUUAUAUUGAGCAAGGAUUUUAUUUGCUCAUAGGGGAACUGAGCUCAGUUUGUGUUGACUUUUAUAAUUUCAAAACGAGCGAAUUUUUUUUAUGUUCCGAUAUGAAACGAAAAUGUUUAUGCAACUAUCCACGAACACAGCCUCGCAGGUGAAAAAUUGCUUUUUUUCUUUUCAAACCAUUGCAAAUCCUCGUUUCAGCACGGAUUAUGGCUCGACUGCACACGGCCCCAAUUGCACCUUGUUAGUCGAAUUGAUCGAUCCGACGACAACUUGCCGUUGCAUUGCACGUACAAGUUUGACUUUUCGGCCAGUCAGGUGUGUCUGAAUAUUCGACCGAAAGGCGGAAAAACAAACGUUUUCUAUAGAUCAUUGACGAAAACAUCGAGGACAUUGAUCAGAACAGCGCAGCUGGAGAAAGUGAACAUCAUCAGUUUUACGGUAUACUUUGAAGUAUUUCAGUGCAACUAACAAAAAUUAAGGUUUUAAGAAAAAAUAAAAUCAUGAAGUCAAUGUUUCACUCAUCUUACUUGGUUUAAACACUGGAUUUCAUUUUCUGUUGAUUUUUUCACUCAUAUCCAAUACAGCUGAAAAUUAGAAGAACUCAAUACUUUUCGCAAAAAUCUACCACAAAUAUCUUUACCGUGGCUAACCAAAGCUUUUUACAUAUCAUUGAAAUUAGCUUCAAAAUUGUUAAAAAGUUUGUGAUAGGUGAGCAAUGAAAACUUCAGAAGAAUUGAGAAGAUCUAUCCGAAAAUCAAAAAAAAAGACUGGACCAGUUCUUCAAAAAAGACUAACAGAAAGAUCUUGAAUCUUUUUUUUUCGAUGAUCUCAGUUGAUUUAGGAUGGCACAAAGCCGUGCUAGGUUUCAUGGGCACGGCGCUGGCUCUUGGCGGAAUAUCCCUACUUUGCGGACUUUGCGCGCCUUGCAACUCGGCCCUUGCAGUCGUUUAUGCGAUUCUUGUGGGUAUCACAGGUUUGAUCUACCUUCUUCAUUUUCAUAACGGUCGACUUUUCAAGUUUUCACCUCGAUUUGCGGCGACGGCAUAUUUUUCUUCGCAGCUCAUCGUGUUGACAGCCGCUUUGUCCAGGGUCUAGUUGGAACUUAUGAGGUUGAAUAUUUUUGGUUGACAUCUGACGUUUAAAUAAUUGCAGCAAAUGAUUGGAAUCGCGUUCUACCUUCACAUGAUUGGAACUUUCAUUUCUUUUUUCGCCUUCAUUUUGGCGACAAUCUGCGCUUAUCAAAUGCUUCGUAAAUCCCAGGAGCAAGAAGUUCUACCAAUGAGAGAACUAGCCCCGUUGCAUGAUGCCCGGUUCUCCCGAAUCUGA